CCUUUGAAGAACUGCGCUUCUCUUUCGGAGGGAGUGUUCGCCGCCGCCGCGGCCGCCACCUGGAGUUUCUUCAGACUCCAGAUUUCCCUGUCAACCACGAGGAGUCCAGAGAGGAAACGCGGAGCGGAGACAACAGUACCUGACGCCUCUUUCAGCCCGGGAUCGCCCCAGCAGGGAUGGGCGACAAGAUCUGGCUGCCCUUCCCCGUGCUCCUUCUGGCCGCUCUGCCUCCGGUGCUGCUGCCUGGGGCGGCCGGCUUCACACCUUCCCUCGAUAGCGACUUCACCUUUACCCUUCCCGCCGGCCAGAAGGAGUGCUUCUACCAGCCCAUGCCCCUGAAGGCCUCGCUGGAGAUCGAGUACCAAGUUUUAGAUGGAGCAGGAUUAGAUAUUGAUUUCCAUCUUGCCUCUCCAGAAGGCAAAACCUUAGUUUUUGAACAAAGAAAAUCAGAUGGAGUUCACACUGUAGAGACUGAAGUUGGUGAUUACAUGUUCUGCUUUGACAAUACAUUCAGCACCAUUUCUGAGAAGGUGAUUUUCUUUGAAUUAAUCCUGGAUAAUAUGGGAGAACAGGCACAAGAACAAGAAGAUUGGAAGAAAUAUAUUACUGGCACAGAUAUGUUGGAUAUGAAACUGGAAGACAUCCUGGAAUCCAUCAACAGCAUCAAGUCCAGACUAAGCAAAAGUGGGCACAUACAAACUCUGCUUAGAGCAUUUGAAGCUCGUGAUCGAAACAUACAAGAAAGCAACUUUGAUAGAGUCAAUUUCUGGUCUAUGGUUAAUUUAGUGGUCAUGGUGGUGGUGUCAGCCAUUCAAGUUUAUAUGCUGAAGAGUCUGUUUGAAGAUAAGAGGAAAAGUAGAACUUAAAACUCCAAACUAGAGUACUUAACAUUGAAAAAUGAGGCAUAAAAAUGCAAUAAACUGUUACAGUCAAGACCAUUAAGUCUUCUCCAAAAUAUUUUGAGAUAUAAGUAUGAAACAGGUAUAAUUUUAAUGUGAAAAUUAAGUCUUCACUUUCUGUGCAAGUAAUCCUGCUGAUCCAGUUGUACUUAAGUGUGUAACAGGAAUAUUUUGCAGAAUAUAGGUUUAACUGAAUGAAGCCAUAUUAAUAACUGCAUUUUCCUAACUUUGAAAAAUUUUGCAAAUGUCUUAGGUGAUUUAAAUAAAUGAGUAUUGGGCCUAAUUGCAACACCAGUCUGUUUUUAACAGGUUCUAUUACCCACAACUUUUUUGUAAAUGCGGCAGUUACAAAUUAACUGUGGAAGUUUUCAGUUUUAAGUUAUAAAUCACCUGAGAAUUACCUAAUGAUGGAUUGAAUAAAUCUUUAGACUACAAAAGCCCAACUUUUCUCUAUUUACAUAUGCAUCUCUCCUAUAAUGUAAAUAGAAUAAUAGCUUUGAAAUACAAUUAGUUUUUGAGAUUUUUAUAACCAAAUACAUUUCAGUGUAACAUAGUAGCAGAAAGCAUUAGUCUUUGUACUUUGCUUACAUUCCCAAAAGCUGACAUUUUCACGAUUCUUAAAAACACAAAGUUACACUUACUAAAAUUAGGACAUGUUUUCUCUUUGAAAUGAAGAAUAUAGUUUAAAAGCUUCCUCCUCCAUAGGGACACAUUUUCUCUAACCCUUAACUAAAGUGUAGGAUUUUAAAAUUAAAUGUGAGGUAAAAUAAGUUUAUUUUUAAUAUUAUCUGUCAAGUUAAUAUCUGUCAACAGUUAAUAAUCAUGUUAUGUUAAUUUUAACAUGAUUGCUGACUUGGAUAAUUCAUUAUUACCAGCAGUUAUGAAGGAAAUAUUGCUAAAAUGAUCUGGGCCUACCAUAAAUAAAUAUCUCCUUUUCUGAGCUCUAAGAAUUAUCAGAAACAAGAAAGAAUUUAGAAAAACUUGAGAAAACCUAAUCCAAAAUAAAAUUCACUUCAAGUAGAACUAUAAAUAAAUAUCUAGAAUCUGACUGGCUCAUCAUGACAUCCUACUCAUAACAUAAAUCAAAGGAGAUGAUUAAUUUCCAGUUAACUGGAAGAAACUUUGGCUGUAGGUUUUUAUUUUCUACAAGAAUUCUGGUUUGAAUUAUUUUUGUAAGCAGGUACAUUUUAUAAAAUGUAAGCCCUACUGUAAGGUUUAGCACUGGGUGUACAUAUUUAUUAAAAAUUUUUAUUAUAACAACUUUUAUUAAAAUGGCCUUUCUGAACACUUUAUUUAUUGAUGUUGAAGUAAGGAUUAGAAACAUAGACUCCCAAGUUUUAAACACCUAAAUGUGAAUAACCCAUAUAUACAACAAAGUUUCUGCCAUCUAGCUUUUUGAAGUCUAUGGGGGUCUUACUCAAGUACUAGUAAUUUAACUUCAUCAUGAAUGAACUAUAAUUUUUAAGUUAUGCCCAUUUAUAACGUUGUUUAUGACUACAUUGUGAGUUAGAAACAAACUUAAAAUUUGGGGUAUAGAACCCCUCAACAGGUUAGUAAUGCUGGAAUUCUUGAUAAGCAAUAAUGAUAACCAGAGAGUGAUUUCAUUUACACUCAUAGUAGUAUAAAAAGAGAUACAUUUCCCUCUUAGGCCCCUGAGAGAAGAGCAGCUUAGAUUUCCCUACUGGCAAGGUUUUUAAAAAUGAGGUAAAUGCCGUAUAUGAUCAAUUACCUUAAUUGGCCAAGAAAAUGCUUCAAGUGUCUAGGGGUAUCCUCUGCAACACUUGCAGAACAAAGGUCAAUAAGAUCCUUGCCUAUGAAUACCCCUCCCUUUUGCGCUUUCUGUUAAAUUUGCAAUGAGAAGCAAAUUUACAGUACCAUAACUAACUAAUAAAGCAGGGUACAGAUAUAAACUACUGCAUCUUUUCUAUAAAACUGUGAUUAAGAAUUCUACCUCUCCUGUAUGGCUGUUACUGUACUGUACUCUCUGACUCCUUACCUAACAAUGAAUUUGUUACAUAAUCUUCUACAUGUAUGAUUUGUGCCACUGAUCUUAAACCUAUGGUUCAGUAACUUCUUACCAUAUAAAAACGAUAAUUGCUUUAUUUGGAAAAGAAUUUAGGAAUACUAAGGACAAUUAUUUUUAUAGACAAAGUAAAAAGACAGAUAUUUAAGAGGCAUAACCAAAAAAGCAAAACUUGUAAACAGAGUAAAAAUCUUUAAUAUUUCUAAAGACAUACUGUUUAUCUGCUUCAUAUGCUUUUUUUAAUUUCACUAUUCCAUUUCUAAAUUAAAGUUAUGCUAAAUUGAGUAAGCUGUUUAUCACUUAACAGCUCAUUUUGUCUUUUUCAAUAUACAAAUUUUUAAAAUACUACAAUAUUUAACUAAGGCCCAACCGAUUUCCAUAAUGUAGCAGUUACCGUGUUCACCUCACACUAAGGCCUAGAGUUUGCUCUGAUAUGCAUUUGGAUGAUUAAUGUUAUGCUGUUCUUUCAUGUGAAUGUCAAGACAUGGAGGGUGUUUGUAAUUUUAUGGUAAAAUUAAUCCUUCUUACACAUAAUGGUGUCUUAAAAUUGACAAAAAAUGAGCACUUACAAUUGUAUGUCUCCUCAAAUGAAAAUUCUUUAUCUGAAAUUUUAAAAGACAUUGAUUCUGCAUGUAAGGAUUUUUCAUCUGAAGUACAAUAAUGCACAAUCAGUGUUGCUCAAACUGCUUUAUACUGUAAACAGCCAUCUUAAAUAAGCAAUGUAUUGUGAGUACUGAUCUGUAUAUAAUAAAAAUUAUCAAAGAAAA